AUGAACUCGGCGAGUCUCUCCAUCGUUCUAUUCGCACUUUUUGGCAUUGCCCUUUGCGGAGAGCCAUCCGGUUUCCGUCACUUGCGUUACAUGCCAAUGUGCAACAGCGCUUGCGCAAACAAAUUGGCUGCUGUGGUGACGUGCUGUAAGAACAACAACGCCGGCAACUGGGCCUCAUGUGACAAGUUCAAUCAGGCGAUCUGUGCUUGGAAGGACAUCAAAUGGUCGGCCGAUGGGGUCACCGAGUGUGUCUCUUAUCCGUUUGUCUAUCAAUGCACGACGCGUUGGCAGUUGGAUAACACC